AUGCAAAGGAAGUUGCCAUCACUCCAGGUCCUCAGACGGUCGUUCUAUGCAAUCGCGCUUGCUUGCGGGAUAGUGUUGAUGAUCCGUGUACACAACAUCAUGCUCUAUCGGCUGAUAACCGCCAAGAAGAUCGAGGGCUAUACGAAUCUCAAAGUUGUCGAGAAACCCUCUGUCUGCCCCUUGCCCCGAGGUGCCACAGUCUGCGUCCAUUCAGAAGCAAGCAAGGCUGCCUUAGUCGACAUUUGCGGAGACUUCUCAGCUUCAACUGGCGACUGCCAAGACAAAACUUAUGGAUCUAUCGUCACCACCAAGGACCACAUCGGCGACAUCAGCGAAUACACCCUUAGGAUUAUUGUUCAAGGAGAAGGGUCGGAGCUCGGAGGUGCGGUCGACAAGUUUGUCCAAGGACAGUCUCGAUGGAUAGUUGAUAUCAUGCAAGGCGACGGAUACGAGCUAUUGACGACAUUCGACGACCCCCGCCGUCUCGCCUUUAUGUCACAACUAGAUCUUAUUCAACACCGAUGUGCCAACUUCUUCAACGGAGCAAUCAACGGCAACGGAUUCGGAUCCAAAUGGCACACAGUGGCUCUGGGUCUCUCUUUCGGUCUGUACCACAACAUGACCCUGAUGACCCCCGAAGUCCUCAGCAACUUUAUACCUCUGACAUCAUGCACCGAGGCAGACAUGGAGCGAGCGUUCAAGAAAUCCCCUCCAGAACAUCUAUUCGCCAACUGGAACGAGUCGACCAUCAAUUUCCAGAUAAUUGGCAAUGACCUCAGUGAUAUGACCGGCCAGUCAUACCUCAAGACGAAGGCGCCUGGAUUUGAGGACAAGGACCUAUUCUGGUUAAGAACCAUGGUGGCCUACUACGCCACUCGACCCAACUAUCAGUUCCGAGAGCAGUUUAGACACUAUUCUCCGAUCCGGACUCCUUGCAUGUCUAUUCAUGUGCGACACUCUGACAAGCAUUCGGAGGCCGCGCUUUUGGAGUUUCCCGAUUACAUGAGCAAGGCUGAGGAGUACAAGAGCCAGACUGGGGUUUCGAACAUCUACAUCAUGUCGGACGACGGCAACGUCAUAAAGUCUACCGAGCAGUACAAGAACUUCCGAUUUCAGUACCUGGACGUGCCUAGGCCGAACGAAGCGUGGUACACCGAAAAGGCGCAAGGCGUACCUAUGGAUAUACUCGAGAGAGAUUUCUUGCUGGAUGUUUACGCUGCCGCCCAAUGUGAGCAUCAGAUCCUCACCUAUUCAAGUAACGUUGGCAGAUUGAUCGGCGAGCUCUCCUACGCUAUACGCAAUAAGGAGCCGUCCUUGAUUUCGAUGGAUACAGAGUGGUUGAUGUGGCCCUGA